CUCCCGGAUCAGCUGAGCUUUCACUUUCCUGCGGGUCUCUAAAACAACUCUUUUCUAUUCUAUUCGAGUCAUUUUCGAGAAAAGGCCUGCACGCACGUGAAGAACGUAAACUCAGUGACAGCGACUCUCCACACCCUCAUGGUGCUCCUAUAAAGCCUUCACACACUGGUGGAGCUGUUUCAUCACUCGGGCUGACUGCUGGUUAACUGAUGUGGACAUCCUCACCAGAGGCCAACACACAGUCCAUCGCGGUCUGUGUUUUUACCAGUCAGCACUCUGUGUGAAGACUUGGACAAGGAAGUCUGCUGUUAAAAUGCUGCCUGUUCCUGCUGCCUGUGCCUUGCUCAGCCUGGCACCAGUGCUGGUGCUCGGUGUUCCUCCUAUAUGGACACAGCCAGAGCAGGUUCAUCUCUCCUACGCAGGUGUGCCAGGUUCCAUGGUAGUGACCUGGACCACCUUCAAUAAGACGGAGAGCGAGGUGGAGUACGGCCCCGCCGGAGCGCCGCUCUUUGAGAUGAGCGCCAAGGGUGACGCCACUGUUUUUGUGGACUCGGGAGAAGAGAAGAGGAAGAUGUUCAUCCACAGAGUCACGCUCACGAACCUCAAGCCCGCCGCUACGUACGUCUACCACUGUGGUAGCGAUGACGGCUGGAGCGACGUCUUCUUCUUCACGGCCCUGAACGACAGCUCCAGCUUCAGUCCCCGCUUCGCUCUGUACGGCGAUCUGGGCAAUGAAAACCCUCAGUCUCUGGCUCGGCUGCAGAAGGAGGCUCAGCAGGGCCUGUACGAUGCCAUCCUGCACAUAGGAGACUUUGCCUACGACAUGCACGAGGACAAUGCCAGGAUCGGGGAUGAGUUCAUGAGGCAGAUCCAGUCCGUGGCCGCCUACGUCCCCUACAUGACCUGCCCGGGCAACCACGAGGCUACAUACAACUUCUCCAACUACAGGAACCGCUUCAGCAUGCCGGGCCAGACGGAGAGCCUGUGGUACAGCUGGAACCUGGGGUCGGCGCACAUCAUCUCCUUCUCCACCGAGGUUUAUUUCUACCUCCAGUUUGGACUGGAGCUCCUCUUCAAGCAGUACGAGUGGCUGAAGAGAGACCUGGAGGAGGCCAACAGGCCUGAGAACAGAGCGGAGCGACCGUGGAUCAUCACCAUGGGACACAGACCGAUGUACUGCUCCGACGACGACCAGGACGACUGCACCAACUUCGAUUCCUACGUCCGGCUGGGGCGGAACGACACCAAACCACCAGCUCCGGGCCUCGAGGAUCUAUUUUACCGCCAUGGUGUGGAUGUGGAGUUGUGGGCACACGAACACACAUACGAGAGACUCUGGCCCGUCUACGGCGACAAGGUUCACAAUGGGAGCUUGGAGAAGCCUUACGUGAACCCCAAGGCGCCGGUGCACAUCAUCACCGGCUCUGCUGGCUGCAGGGAGAGGACCGACAGGUUCAACCCCAACCCCAAAGCGUGGAGCGCCUUCCGCAGCACGGACUACGGCUACAGCCGCAUGCACGUGGUCAACGCCACCCACCUCUACUUGGAGCAGGUCUCCGACGACCAGGACGGCAAAGUGAUCGACAACAUCUGGGUGGUGAAAGAAAAACACGGCUUCUCCGCCUGGUCCUGAAGACUGUCACACUCAAAAAUGCACUUUAAACAAGCACUAUUAUUUUUUCCCUGGAAUUUGAAAUGUUGAUUCAAGACGACCAAAUGUUGACGAGCUGCUCUAAUUGUUCACUGUAUAUUGUGUCUGGAAUACAUGCAGGUUUGGAUUCGCUCCGCGUCGUCUUUCGCCGAGGUCAUUCUACAGUUACUGUAACUUUUCGCCACGAUCCAGAUAAACAUCUCCUCUCCGCUGCCUAAAUAAUCAGUCGACGGCAGACGUACGGCAUGGAUCUGGCAGGCGCCGGGGUCGCUGUCCCUCCUGAGGACAUUUUUCAUUUCAGACCUGUAAAUUCACUUAAAGUCUCCUCCGCCGCUCUAUCAGGAUGACAGAUUCUCCCUUGGCUUACCUUAUCGGGAUAUUGGAAUCUCAUUUUAUUGUCCAUCUGUGUGGCCGUUAGGACCCGACACUAAAAGACACAUGGAAGUCAGCGUCUGCACAAAAGCAGGGUUAUGUAACUCAGGGAUGCUUGUGGCUUUGGGCACUCGCAGAGUGAGACGAGGCUGCUUCUCCAGAGCGUUACUCACACCGCGUCUCUUCCCUCUCUGCUGGUAUUAAUUACUAAUUGCAGCUUGCUGCCUGUGAUGGAUUCUGCCAGAUCUGCCAGCGUCUGUGUUUGGGGUUGUCAAACACUUUUUAGCGCCAGCGCGCAGUCGUCUCCCUGCAUAAUUCUGUUGACACAACAGAGGCUGCACACAGAAAAUCAGAGUUAAUUUGUGAACCGUGCACAACUUCUUCAUUCUAAGCUGAAUCAUUUGCAAGUAUAAUGGAGGCAAAAUUAGAAUUAUCUAAUGUCAAAAAUCAUAACAGCAACAACAGCUUCAAACUGCAGGCUAAGAGACCUGGACUUGCUGUGUGUGGCCCCGGUUGAAGAGCUUUCGGCCCUGGUUCACCUGGAUUUGAGGAGACAGUUAUUCAAUGUUCGGCCUGUCCUGCCGGUGAAGUCGCAGAAUAACAGGAGACUAAUCCAGCAGCUCUUCUGGAGAUCACAAACUGCCAAUAAUGUGAAAAACACUGAAACCGUAGCCCAAAAAAAAAAACAAUCUGAGCUUGGUGUGGGGGCAUGACAAAA